CUCCACAUGGUAUAUGUAUUUUUCAAAGAUGGCCUCCAUUGGGCUCACAACCAAAUAUGGCCUGCACAGAAUGGGACGAACAUGCGUCGACCGGAGGAACACACCAUAUUUUUUGACAUUGUGGCUAAUAGCCCUAAACCCUCCCAGACCCGGUAAAUUGUACAAAAAACAACCAGGGCAGUAGUCUUUAUAAAUUUACAAUCAACGAAAUGUGUGCCGGAAAUAUGCAUCUAGAAUCUAAAAACCAAUAAGCCUAUGACUUUCUCCGUUAUAAACCAAAAAUUGUAAAUUUAGUGCGGAAGAAAUUUCAUCCAUAAUCUGUAUACUCGCCCACCUGUUCCACGAAAAUAAAACAAAUCUGAAUUUUGACUUUUCAGAAACACGUUGUUUCAGAAGUUGUUAUUUGUAAUCUUAUUUAAAAUGAACUGUGCCAGGUCCACGGUGACAAUUAACCACUGUACGAACUGGCAAUGGAACAACAGAAACAUGUAAUAAAUACAACACGUAUGAAAACAAUAAUUAGUUAUUGACGAACCGAGUGAAACACUACUUGUUUGGCUAGAACAAACCCCACUUUGAAACAUAAACACUAAAUAAAUCGUCCCCGCAUUAUGAUCAAAAAACGUGUUUUCAAAGGCCAAUAACCGUCCUUCAUUUUCUCUUCUGACCUGUCAAAGAAAAUAUUACUCGAUUAAAAAUGUGAUUAAUUCGUCGAAAAUACAUAUGUGCUGAAUUCGCAAAAUUUCGGCGUUUAACAAUCGAUCGCGAUGGUGUUUUUGCAAAUUUUCUGUUUCUUCAUAACCCUCCAACUGUCGUCGGCAGAAAAUAAUUCGAGUAUGAAGGGUUACUGCGCGCCUUACAAUGGGAAAAUUUGCAAAAAAUAUUUGAGUGGUAUAGGACAAGUUUGGUUCAAUGAUUCGUAUGGCAAUAAUGGAGGUUGGCUGAAUGAAAAGAUUACGACUGGCUUAUGGACCGAAUUAAUCAAAACACUUUAUGAACCUUGUCGUUCGGCUGCAGAGAAACUGCUAUGCAUGUAUGCAUUCCCGCAAUGUGUCGGCUCCGUGGGUUUGCCGCUUUGUUACGAAGACUGCAUGGCAGUUCGGCAAGAGUUUUGUUUGGUGAACUGGGCCAUGAUAGAAGAGCAUAAAAAAAGGCCAAGCUAUAUCAGGUCCAGAGGGCAUUUCACCCUUCCAGACUGCGAAAGUUUACCGAGGAUUAGCAAUACUUCUACACCAACGUGUUCAAAUGCCUCUUUAACAGACAUGAAUCCUGAACUUAUCACUCAUGACUGCGUUAUCGGUAAUGGACGGUUUUACCUUGGAUCUGUAAACAAGACAAAAUCUGGACUAGAUUGUCAAUCAUGGUCCAUACAAGAGCCUCACAGUCACGAUAGGCCACCGGAUGUUUUUCCGCAACUUCAAAAUGCUGAAAACCAUUGCAGAAAUGCCGGUGGGGAUGAACCAAUGCCCUGGUGUUAUACAAUGGAUCCAAAUGUUCGUUGGGAACUAUGCGAUAUACCGAUUUGUGCCAACUCCACGGAGGUUACAAUGGAAAGUGAUCUGGAUGACUUGGCGAUGGAAACGUUUUUCACACCAAGAUUAAUACUGAUACUGUCGUCAAUAGGAUUCGUUUGUAUUCUUGUACUUCUUCUAUCAAUACUGCUGUGCCAAAGACUGCAGAAACAGCACCAUGGCUACAAUCCUACAGAAACACAGGAAGUGAAUAUCGAUCUGGACAAAUUGCCGAGCAACGACGCGUAUCAUCACACAGGGGCACAGCUAAAUCCAAAAUUAGAGAAAUUAGAAUUUCCCAGGAACAAUAUUAUAUAUGUCAGAGACUUGGGUCAAGGAGCAUUCGGUCGUGUAUUUCAAGCGAAAGCACCAGGCCUAGUGUCCGAAGAAGAAUUCACGAAUGUAGCGGUCAAAAUGUUGAAGGAUGAAGCAUCGGAUGAUUUGUUGGUAGACUUUGAGCGAGAAGCUUGUUUGCUGGCGGAGUUUGACCACCCAAAUAUCGUCAAACUACUUGGGGUCUGCGCGAUGGGGCGUCCAAUGUGUUUGCUAUUUGAAUACAUGGGAAGAGGUGAUCUGAAUGAAUUUCUGAGAUCAUGUUCCCCGGGAAAUUACAUAGUUAGAAGCAUUGAAAACGACUCUUUUAGAGAUACGAGAUUGUCUCAUAUGAAUCUCAUUAUGAUAGCCAUACAAGUUGCAUCUGGCAUGGUGUAUUUGUCGGACAGAAAAUUUGUGCAUCGUGAUCUAGCUACGAGAAAUUGUUUGAUCAAUGAUCAAAUGGUUGUUAAAAUAGCGGAUUUCGGUUUAUCGCAAAAAAUUUAUCUGCAAGAUUAUUACAAGGGAGAUGAACAAGAUGCCAUUCCUGUCAGAUGGAUGCCCCUUGAGAGUAUAUUGUAUAAUAAAUAUACGAUAGAGUCUGAUGUUUGGGCCUUCGCUGUAUGCUUGUGGGAGAUUUUCAGUUUUGCUCUUCAACCUUACUACGGAAUGACUCACGAAGAGGUGGUUAAAUAUAUCAAAGACGGCCACGUACUUCAAUGUCCGGAUAACACACCUCAGCCAAUUUAUGAACUGAUGAAACUUUGUUGGAAUAAAAAACCUUCAGAUAGACCAACAUUUAGAAUAAUUUAUCAGACAUUGAGUGGGAUAAAAAAUGAUAUGGAAAUUCCUGGCGACAAAUCUGGCAGCAAUUUGUUUGAUAACAAUGUUUGAAAAUUUUACAAAUUCAGUAAAUCGAUCAACAUACUUUUGUACAUUCAAUUGUAAGAUCAAGUAGAUCAGAAUAAGUCACUGAUAACGAGAAAAUCGGGACGUUUUUAGUUUCCAAAAGCCUGAUUCAUGGAAAACACGCAUUCAAAUCGAAACAAUUCACAGCUUAUCUCUCUCUUCUGCAGCUCAUUUUCUUGUGUUCAUAGGGGCUUGUAAAAGUUUUCACAAUAUUUCAUACCAAGUACGAUUCAAGCAAUGAUGUAACCAUGUGUGAAUUAAUAUUAUCCGAUGCUGCCCUUAAAUUUGUAAAGCAAGAGGGUUUGUGUAACUACUCAUCUCCCUUAACUAAUUAAACCAACUUCAUUUACAUCUUCUCGUUUCAUAUCAACACUUUCGUAAACAAUGGUUGGCUAAAGUUCUAAUAUACCAACUUGUAAAUAGAAACCGAAAACUCUUUUUCUAAUAACGUUUGUGACUGUUCUUAAAUAUAUCUGUACUGCAACGAAUUUUUGUACCAUUGCUUAUUAAUCUGAAAUAAUUUUUGUUCAAUAAUAUGUUGUAUACAACUGUCGGUUCAAUUGCAAGUAAACAGGCUUCCGCUCAGAUGCUAAACGAAUCUGUUGUCGAUUUUUUCCAGCUUCGACGGCAUAAAAUAAUCUUUGACCUUCUUUGGAUUUUUUCUUCAAGUUACUCAAAUGUUGAUUUUGUUCUGGUCUUUACAACACAAAAUUUUGAACUCCGGUAACUCAAAUUAGGAUUACCAGGAAAGGAGAGAAAAAUUUUGUAAUGUACACCACUGGUCAAAGUUUCUAACUACGUUAGUUCCAGAGUCACUGUCUGAAAAAAUUUCAGAUUUUCAAAGGUUCCCGAAUAAAAUCCCAAAGAAAUUCUGAAUGGUUAUUUCAUGUGGCCAAAUUAGCAAUAGUAAAAAUUCGGCGAAGGUCAGAACGAAAGCUUGUUCAAUUUCGCUGGGACUGGCCUACUUUCGUUUUAUCGAUCUGAAUAAUAGUUUAUUAGUGUAUUGUUCUGGAUGUAUUAAAUAAUUCUUAAAAGAGUCCUUGUUCAAAACUAAAAUUUGUGCCUACGUAUUAUUCAAAUUUUGAAUUGGCUCUAAAAUUUUUCAUUAGUUGAACUGGCCAUCGGAAUUAUGAUACCUAUGAUAAAAGAGAGUAACUAAACCGACGAAAAUCUUGCACAAGAAUACGAAUUUAAUAAUAAUAUCAUUUUCAGAAGCUUUGAUGUGCAAUGAUUUUGCUUUGAUUGUAUAUGUAAUUUGUAUCAUUCAUUUAUCAAAAAAAGGUGAUCGAAUUUUUGUUAUUCGUAAUGUUGUUAAUUUUGUAAGAUAUUUUCUCAGUCACUGGGCCUCUGGAGCACCAAUAUUUCAUGCAUGAGAUAUAGAGAAUAAUUAUAAAAAUAGGAUACGAUAAAAACUUCAUUGGUUUAGCCAUCAAUAUCUGUAAAGUAAUUUAUUUUUAAACAUAAAAUUGCUGGCUAACAAUAAAU